GUGUUUGUUUACCUUCAGCGGCGGGCAAGGAGGCGGCGGUCAAGCUCUCAAAUUUUCAUCCUUUUUCCCUUUUUCUCCCAUAAUGGCGGACGGCGAGGAGAAAUUCGACGGCAUGCUGCUAGCUAUGGCCCAGCAGCACACGGGCGGCGUCAUUGAGCUCCUGGACACCUUCUUCAGCUUCAUGGCCAGAAAGACGGACUUCUACACUGGGGCGCCCAAGGAGACCAGCGAGAAGAUGGUCCUGGAAAAAUUCAAGAAAUACCAAAAACUCGCAUUUGCCGAACAUGACAAAAAGAAAGCAGAGAACGAGGAGAGAGAGAGGAGGAAGCAGGAGAGGUUGAGGAAGAAGAAGGAGGAGGAGGAGGAGGAGGAGAGGAAGAGGAAGGGAGGAGCGGAGGAGCCAAAGAUUAAGGAGUUGACGGAGGAGGAGGCGAAGGAGCUGGAGAGGAAGCUGUUGAAGGACACGACAGCAGCGCCAGACACGUCCACAAAGGAGGAAGAUGUUAAAGAGAAGGAAGGAGAGAUUGAGAAGAAGAAGGAGGAGAAGGAGGAGGAGAAGAAGGAGGAGGAGGAGGACGACGAGCAGAACAAAGGAAAGAUUAAACCCAACGCAGGGAACGGAGCGGACCUUGAAAAGUACCGGUGGACGCAAACACUACAGGAGGUUGAGGUUGUGAUUCCCCUGCCCAUCAAGGUGAAGAGCCGGGACGUUGUGGUGGAGUGGGGGCGCCGCACCCUCAAGGCAGGCCUGCGCAACGCCCCGCCCAUCGUUGAGGGGGAGCUGUACAACGAGGUCAAGGUGGAGGAGUGCAAUUGGUAUCUCGACAAUGGCAACACUGUCACCCUGUCCCUGGAGAAGAUCAACCGCAUGGAGUGGUGGUCCAAGCUGGUGACCUCCGACCCCGAGAUCAACACCCAGAAGGUCAACCCAGAGCCCUCCAAGCUGGGUGACCUGGAUGGGGAGACCCGGGGCAUGGUUGAGAAAAUGAUGUAUGACCAGCGCCAGAAGGAGAUGGGACUACCAACAUCCGAUGAGCAGAAGAAGCAGGAUGUUUUGAAAAAGUGAGA